AAAGUUUGUAUCAAACUUUACAAACAAUCGACAACUUGCUUUCCCCCAAUUUUUUUUUACUGUUUUGUAAUUAUUAUUUUACUUUAUAAUUGUCAGUCACUUUGUAUGACUUGGGUCUAAAAGGCAGGAUAUUCAUAUUUUACACAUUAUAUUUGGACCACCUGCCUUAUGCUAAGUCAGACUGCUAAUUAAUUUAGGGUAGUGCUGGCUAUUCUGACUAGUUUAAGUUCUUCAAGGUCUUGGGCAGAGGUCUUUCCAAGGCCUGCUACCUGAGAUUUUUUACUGGAGAUGCCAGAGAAAGCAUGUGCUCUGUUCACUGAGCUAUGUUCCUUCCCCAUAUCAUUAGGCCAUUUUGGCCAGCAGCUUCUACUCUGACUAGCAGCACCUCUUAGGCAGAGGUCUUUUCUAGCCCUCCUAUCUUUUGCCAUCUACUAGUGGGUGGGACAUUGCAUUUUGUUUCUUAUGUACGUUUUGUGACCAUAGCAUCUAAAAUAUUUGCAAUGGAAUGUUAUAAUCGAGGGCCACACUAUUUGUGACCCACCAAGCCACACACAGUCCAGCUGAUAAACCUAUUUCUGCAGCCUGCUAGAACUGAUUGGUUUGCCAGCUCUCCCCACAUUCUUUCCAUGCCCGAACUUCUGGAAACAGCCAAUGAAGUAUCAAAAAUGACCAUAGCGCAUGAAAUCGUAGUAAAUCGUGACUUCAAAUUGCAAGAGAUGAAUUUUUCACCCACCAGUUUGGAAGGCAAGGUGAAGGAGACAUUGCACAAAGCUUAUUGGGACAAUCUGAGAGAACAGCUGUCCAAAACCCCACCAGACUAUUCUCAUGCUAUUAAACUACUUCGGGAAAUCAAAGAGACUUUGCUGUCCCUGCUCCUGCCCCGGCAGGCCCGUUUGCGAAGUCAGAUUGAAGAAGCUCUGGACAUGGAAUUAAUGAAGCAGGAGGCUGAGCAUGGAGCUCUGGACAUCCCCAGUCUAACCACUUACAUCUUGGGCACAAUGGCAAUGCUGUGUGCACCUGUCAGAGAUGAGGAAGUACAGAGACUACGUCUCAUGUCAGACCCAGUUCAUCUGCUCAGAGAGAUCUUCCGAGUUCUGGACCUAAUGAAAAUGGAUAUGGCAAAUUUCACCAUACAAACCCUUCGACCCCAUCUACAGGAACACUCUGUCCAAUAUGAGAGAAAAAAAUUCCAGGAGCUUCUGAACAAACUACCAGGCAGCUUAGUAUACACAACUGAAUGGCUGCGUAAGGCAGCAGCUGAAUUAUCAGCUUCCGAUUCAAUACCCUCCUCAUCCAAUGGAUCACCUGUUUCACCGCCCCCAGUGGCUGCUGGAGAAGUCCCAUUUAUUCAUAGUCCUACUGCUGUGCUAAACCAAGCAUGCAUGGACUUGCUGGAUUGGGAAUCUGGAAGAGAAUAUCCUGAGACUAUGUUGAUGGACAAAGACCGUUUGCAUGCUCUUCAGCUGCAGGUGAAUCAGCUAGCCAUUAUUGCUGCAGUCCUACUAGUGAGUAGCAGCACAUGUGGAAGUGGCAUUUAUAACUCACCCGGGUGUGUAGAUAGGCUGAAACGGGUAACAAAAGCCCUUGUGGAAGGACUUCCUGAUACAAGGUUAGAAGAUGUUUUAUUGGACAUCAGCAGUCAAAUAUGCCAAGAAGUGAACAGGAUACUUCUCCAGCUGGGCUACCCUGCUCUUUGUAGUGACAAGGCUGCUUCACUUAAAGGCCAGCUCAGGAGUCUUGCGGAUAAGGACAAUGUGGUACGAACUGUAAUUGAGCAACGGAUCCAAACUUUUCUUAGGCAUUGUUUGUCUCCUGGUGGUCUGAACUCUAAGAAUCUACCCCAAGGCCUUGCUCCUGUUCAGGAAGAACUUCUGGAAGCCGGCCAGAGGUUUGGCAACUUGAUUCAUCAUAACAGACAGGUGUUUGGUCCCUACUAUUCAGGAAUUCUGAAGAAAUUGCUGCUUCCAGAGGGGAAGACUGACGCAGGGACAAAUUCCCAUUAACUAUCUCAAACAUGGCAAAGCACAUGGCAGCAGGGAGAGGGGAGAAAGACUGGCAAUUGCUCCAACUGUGCUUUGGCUCAAAGUCCAGUGUAAUCAACUGAGUAGCUGUCCUGCUCCAUGCAGUGGUAUCCAAAGCACUUGUACAACUGAACCAUCCAAGCUGCUGGCUCAGUUAUGUAAAUACCAACUGACAAUGCCAAGUUUGCUGCAAUAAACCUUUGAACAGCCCAAAA